AUGCUCUAUAUUGUUGAUAGAAAUGCCAAGCCACCUGUAUGCAAAAUUGUGGACUACAACAAAGAGAAGUACCAAGAGCAAGUAAAGGAAAAGGAGCGUUCUAAAAGCAAGUGUGAACUUAAGAAAGGUGCUUGCAAAGAAGUUCAGUUUGCUGCUAAACUUAAACAAAAAGAUCUGCAGAUGAAAGCACAUACAGCUAAGAGACUAAUGGAAAGUGGUCAUCGAGUCAAGUGUACAGCCAUUGAGCCUUCUGACGAAUUGGACCUGGAAAGUUUACUAUCUCGAUUUUCUGCUUUGAUUGAAGAUGUUGCCAUUGUGGAAAGUGAACCAAGAGUUGAGAAAAAACAGGCUUAUGUGGUUGUUAGGCAUGCCAAGUUUGGUCCAUCUAAGAAAGGUUCCGGAAAGAAAGUUUCUAAAACUACUGAAUUGACAAGCGACACUGCUCAAAAAGCUUGUGUCUCAUCCCAAACUGUCAGACCUUCCAGUCGAAACCUGCAGUUGAAAGAAAAUACGGAUGCUGUGAAAUCUGGAUCAGAAACUGAGGAAGAUAUCACUCCUGAGAAAUUGUCAGAUGCAGAUGUUGACAGCAAUAAAUCUGAAUGGGCUGCUUUCAAGGGAGAGGAUGGUUUCAACAAAGUUUUUGACAUUGCGGAUGAUGCAAAUGGAUUUGCCAAGAGUUUAAGACAUGAAAAAGUAACAGUACUCUCUUCAGCAGAUGCAAGCUCUGGAUCAGCUGUUGAUUCUGCAAGAGCACAUACAGCUUCAUCCAUGUCAACAGAGGUUCCAAAACCAGGGACUGAAAACAGAUAUGCCAGAGAUCCAAGAAACAGGAAUCCUUCGAUGAGCCCUGGACCGCAAUCAAGAGAACUAGGUGUUCCCAAAUCGACAGCCAAAAGUUAUGGUAUUUUUAGUGCUCAACAAGUUGAUAGCACCUGCAGCGAACAGAAUACACCAGCGCAGAUGCGAGAACUAGCAGAGGUCCAGGUGUUGAGAGAACUCAAAUGGGAUCUCGAACACGUUGAACUAAAACCGAGUAGAAGCCCAAGGCUAGUGUAUCAAGUUAUUCGUGUUUUUCCUUGA